CGGACGUGUACGCUUAUUCUGUACUUUAUGUCUGGCUCUUUGGCUUGGCGACUCUGAACAUUCACAACACCGAACGUGGGACAAUCGACUAUACGGUGACAUCUAUACACUUCGACGCGACCCGACGCGAUGUCAUUCGCACCAGCAGGACCUUCGCGUCUUCCAGCACCACGACAACUUCACGGCACAAGACCAGGCGUAAUUGAUAGCUCGCAACCAGCACGACUCUUACGCGUACCAGGAUCUACGCUCUCUUUCGCCGUCUUCGAUCCUCUCACAGCCGCGAGCAGCGGAACCCAUGCGCGCAAACGCCACGAUCCGGAGCCCGUUCGUCCGAAACGCAUCGUUAUCGAGACCCCGCCCGGAGGUCGCGGAACAGGACGUUGGAGGUUUGUACCGCGUGCGCGCCGCGCGCCAGGGGUGGAGGAUGAAGGCGUUUGGCCACGGAGAAUCAUCAUCGACGGGGAGUUUGUGAUCUGCUCCGAAGACCAAUGGGACAUCUACAAGCUCGACCCCGCCUAUGACUGCUACAUCCCGAACUUUCCGGGGGAUCCGGUCAUCACGCGCAAGCUCCCAGGAAGCCAGCCUCAAAGCGCCCCCUCUUCACAGGCGAGCAGCAAGGCAGAUGCACACAGGAAACGCCGUUCUUCUACCUCCUCCGACAACGAGGGCGCCGUUCCCGUGUCGCCCGGGAUUCACAAGAAAUUUCGCACCGUCGUCAACCUUGUUACGGAUGAGGAGGACAGCGGCAUGGAGUCCAUAACGGAAUCCGACGACGAAGAUGAGGUCGAGGAGAUCGUCGCAGAGGAGUUUAUGCGCGGCGCCCCCGGUAAUGGGCGUUCCUCCGGAGGACGCAACGCCCGCCGCAAAGCGCAGGAGGCGCGGCGGAAAGAACAACGCGAGAAGAUGAAGGCGAAUAUGGGCUCCUCCUCAUUCGACAGCAACCGCUCGCGAACACCAGAUAUCGUGGAUCUCACCAUGGAAGACGACACUCCUCCGACGGCCGAGCCAGCGCCCAACGGCGUCCCUCCAACAGCGCCCCCGGGAGCCCCGAAGCAUAAAGUUUACGCAGAGGAUGAUCAUGUGAGAGACCCCGAUUAUAGCUCUGCAUAUGCGAGCAACAGCAAGAAAUUGCGAGCGGGGGAGACGUUCUCUCUAUCCUUCGGUACCACGUAUAUUCCGCGCCCACACGCUCCGUACGCGGAUAGGAAGCGUUCACAGCGCAAGCAGAGCAAGAUGGCGCAAUCGCAGGACCGUCAAGAAUACGCUAGCCGUCUCAAAGAGCAGCGGGAGCGGCGGCUAUGGGAAGACAUUCUCGCGGACACUCCCAGAGGCACGCCACACGGAUCGCAGGGCAGCGACAGCGUUGGUAGUGAACCGCGAGAUGACGUGCGCGCGCGCUCAGAUUCGGGCAUGAGCACCGAACCGACAGGCAAUGACGCGGACGAACCCCCGGCUGACGCGCGCGCCGACCCACAGCCUAGUGCCGACCCAGAAUCUGGCACAAACACCAAUCCGAUUGACGAAGAAGAGACGCAGCGAUUAGCUGCCAUCGAGGAGUCGCGGCGCAAGCUCGCCGAGCUCGAGCGGGACCGCCCGCUCUGGGAACAAGAAGCCCGCAGGCGCGCUGCUCAUGACCGUGCAGAGGCAGAAGUGAACCGCGCACGCCAGGAAGAGGAGCGGCGUCGCAAAGCUGCUGCUGCCGCAGAAGACCUGCGCCAACGCCAGCGCGCCGCAGCCGCAGCGGCGGAGACCGAGCGGCGCGCGCGUGCCGAGCAGGAGCGCGUCGAGCGCGAGCGCGAACAGCGUCGCCGGCGCGAACGGGAGCGGUGGUCCUACGGGCCGUGGACAACAAGCCGCGCGAUUGAGCGGUACAAGCUGCUCUCCGAGGCGUUCGACGCCGCCAAGUUCACUGCGGAGGACCCGGUCAUGUUCGAGAUCAUCCCGUGGCCGGUGCUGCACUCGCCCGUGACGUUGCGCGUGGAGGACAUCGAGUGGUCGUCGGUGGAGGACUUUUUCGCCGCGGCGCGCCAGCACAUGCGCGCGCAGGACUACAAGGCGUUCGUGGAGAAGAGCCACAAGCGGUUCCAUCCCGACCGGUGGCGCGCGCGGGGGGUGCUGAAGAGCGUCGCGGACGAGGAGACGCGUGGGUGUCUGGAGGUCGCGGCGAACACCGUUGCGCAGGCGUUGACGCCAAUCUGGAGGGACAUAAGGGGUUGAGGCCGAUCUGGGGAGAUGGACCAGGUUGACGCCGCCGAUCUGGAGGGACGUGUGGGGUUCAAGACGAGCAGGGGCGCAGCAGACUUCGUUGGAUUAUCGCCAUCUGGAUGUACGAGGUGGACAAUUGUAGCCGAACGAUACCAAC